GAGAUCCUAACUUAGUCACUCUCCCACUGCCUGCUCCUUCUGCUUUGUAGGACCUAUAGCUGCUGUCCUCCCUUAGGAUCCUUGCUUUUGAGGAUAAUAAACUUCUGCUGAGCCAAGACUACGACAUUUGUAAAGAGUGUGAAGACUAAUGUUUCACAUACCCUACGUGCAUCACUCCUGAAGCCACAAGUUACCUCCAGACAUUGUAACAGCAUGGCUAUCUCCUCACGCCUAGCACUGUGGGAACAAAAGAUCAAGGAGGAGGAUAAGGGGCCAAGAGCUGCAUCUCCUCCGCCUCUGCUUUCAGUCAUUCCUGGUGGAUUCAUCAAACAGCUGGUUCGAGAAACAGAAAAAGAAGCAAAGCAGAAAGGAAAAGAAUCAAAAGAAAAGGUCCCAGUAAAACAAGAACAGCCUCCAGAAAGUUUGAAGUCUCCAGGAAAACUGAACAAUAAUCUUGUUCAACAGUUUGCAUUUAAGGAUGAAAACAUUCUCUCUGGGGAAGAAAUGGCAGAGAAAAAUAAUGUCUUUAUGAAUGGACUUAAUGGAGACAAUCAUGCAGCACCAGAACCAAUAUCAGAAAAAGCAGGCAGACGUAGCCUCAGUUUCAAGACUCUUAAGAGCCCUCCAAAGAGGCAAAACCCACCAGCAGAACCAAUGAAUAACCACAAAAAUGAAAAACCAAGUGUUAAAACACAAGAAGAACAAAAGACUGGUAAGAAAGCAAGUGAAAAGCCAUCAUCAGAACAGAGUGCCAAAGAAUGCCAGACAUCACAGGAACAUGAAUCCAAGGCAAUUAAAGACUCUGCAGGUACAAUAUGUCAGCCAGCAAGGACUACAGAAGGCAAAUCACAAGAGCCUGAAGACAAACAUUUACCAACAGUUCCUGUCCUGGAAGAUGUGUGGUAUGAAACAGAACAAGUUUGGUUCGUACACAAAGGAUUCACACUGGCCACAGAAUUAAAACCGGAUGAGGGAACUCCAGAGUUAGCAGAUGGGAGAGUCAAGAUUCGCAUUGAUGCUGAAAAUAGGAUACUAGAAGUGGAUGAAGAAAAUAUCCAUAGAACCAAUCCCUCCAAAUUUGACUAUGCAGAAGACCUAACAACAUUUGUCAGUCUGAAUGAAUCCAGCAUAAUCAACACUCUGUGGCAACGAUACCAGUCUCAGCUUAUUUACACCAAUGCCGGACCAAACCUUGUUGUACUGAAACCAAGUGGACCUGUCACAAACUUUUCUACCAAGGUGUUCAAAGGGAAGAAGGACAGCAUGCCACCUCACAUCUGCUCAGUGGCGCAGAAAGCCUAUUGGAAUAUGCUAACACAACGCCAGGAUCAGACUAUCGUGCCCCUUGGCAGAAGUAAUUCAGGCAAAUCAACAUGCUGUCAGACCGCUUUGGAAUACCUGGUUGAUGCUGCUGGAAGCGUGGACAGCAGAGUAACAGUGGAAAAGAUUCAAGCUGUAUUCACCAUUCUGAAAUCCUUUGGCUGUGUGCAAACAAGUGAAUGUAAUAACUCCAGUCGCUUCUCCAUGGUCAUGUCUCUGGACUUCAAUUCUGCUGGUCGUGUAACUGCUGGACACCUACAGACUAUGCUACUGGAAAGGAUUCGUGUGGCUCAACAGCCAGAAGGACAAAGCAACUUCAAUGUGUUCUCUCAAAUGCUGACUGGAGCAGACUUGGAUCUAAAGUCACAGCUGCACCUGCACCAGAUGGUAGAUAACCACUCCUUUGGAAUUGAGCCAUGUGUGAAGCCCGAGGAAAAGCAGAAGGCUACUGCAGCGUUUGUACAACUCCAAUCUGCCAUGGAGGUUUUGGGAUUCACGGUGAAUGAGCAAAAGGCCAUUUGGCAUGUUAUAGCCGGCAUCUAUCACCUUGGAGCAGCAGGUGCUUGUAGAGUUGGAAGAAAGCAAUUCAUGAGAUUUGAUUGGGCAAACAAUGCCGCUAAUGUCCUAGGUUGUGACUGUGAGGAACUAUCUACAGCUGUCUUUAAACAUCACCUCAAGCAGAUAAUUGAACAGGUCACACUUGGAGCCAGAGGCAGUAACCAAGAAGAUGAAGCUAAAACAGGACUCAAAAUGAGUGGAGUGGAGUGUGUUGAAGGGAUGGCUGCAGGACUUUAUGAAGAACUUUUUGCUGCCAUUGUUUCCCUCAUUAAUAGGUCUUUGUCCUCCACUUUAUUGACAUUGGCUUCCAUUAUGGUGGUUGAUAUGCCUGGAUUUCAGAACCCACGCCACCAGAAGAAGGAAAGGGCUGGCACAUUUGAAGAGCUAUGCCAUAACUAUGUACAUGAACGCAUGCAGUGUCUGUCAUACAGGAAUACGUUCAGCAUACCUCUGGAGAGGUUUAGGGAGGAAAAUAUUGAUGUGAUGUUUGAUAUGCCAGAAGACUCUCCAUUCCCCACUGUAUCGCUCGUAGACCAGACAUCUUCACAAAUAAAUGUGCAAGCCAGCAAUCAGAUGGAAGAGAAAAAGGGCCUUCUUUGGAUUCUUGAUGAAGAAGUUCUAAUCCAGGGCUCCAAUGAUGCUAAUGUUCUCAACCGUCUUUGUUCAUAUUAUGAAGUCAAAAGUGAAGAUAGACAAGAUGAUGGACCCAUACGUAAGUGUGAACAGCCUCUUCAAUUUGAGAUCCUCCACCAGCUUUGCAAAGAUCCUGUUCGAUAUGAUGCUACUAGUUGGAUCAAUAAAGCCAAAUUGAACCUGUCAGCAGAGAAUGCCAUCCAGGUUUUGAAGCAGUCUAAAAUUGACUACUUGAAGGACUUGUUUUUGCCUCGGGCUAAGUUUCCACUGAUCUGUCGCUCUGUGGCUGGGAUGGAGGGGAAAUCUCAGCAAGCCAUGCAGAGAAUAAGCUGUGUGAGGAAGACCUUUGCCAGCAGCUUUGCAGCUGUGAGAAGGAAAUCAGUGUGUGCCCAAAUCAAGCUUCAGAUGGAUGCUCUGAUGAAUUUGCUAAAACGGUCCCAGAUACAUUUUGUACACUGUCUGGUCCCCAGACUGGGAAUGGAUGGCACAGAAAGCAAAACCUCACAACUUUGCAGAGGAACAGCAGGAGAGCCAAUUAAUGCGGCUAUUGAUGUCCCUACUGUAAGAAUUCAGCUUGCAGGAGCUCAGCUAUUAGAUGCUAUGCGCCUCUGCAGGAUAGGUUACAGUGAACGUAUGGGUUUCACAGAGUUUCGACUACGCUUUCAAGUUUUGGCGGCACAUGUCAUGAAGAAAUACAACAAUACAUAUGAACCUGUGGAUGAGAGAAGGGCAGUUGAAGAGUUGUUCCAGCUACUAGACUUGGAAAAGAAGAGUAUCGCGAUGGGCCGCAGCAAGGUGUUCCUGAAAGCUGGUGUGUUAUCAAGGCUGGAGAAGCAGCGGGAGAAGAUGAUCUCCCAAAACAUGAUCCUUUUUCAGGCAGCAAGUAGAGGGUUUCUUUGUCGACAACGGUUCAAGAAACUAAGGAUUCAGAUGGUUGCUCUCAAAUGUAUACAGAAGAAUAUCAGAAAAUUCUAUCGCAUCCGAGAGUGGCUGUGGUGGCAAAUCAUGUCUCGCAUUCGUCCCUCGCUGACAGUCAAUGUAGAUGAAGCAAAGUUUCAGGAAAAAGAGGAAGAAAUCAUUGCUUUAACAGCAAAGCAUGCAAAAUCUGAAAAGUCAAGAAAUGAACUGAGACAGAAUGUUGACCUUCUGGAGAGCAAGAUCACCGAUUUAAUGACUGAACUGUCUGAUGAACGAUUCAAAGGUGAAGUAGCUUGUCAAGUUUUAGAAGGGGAGAGAGCAGAAAGGCUGCGAGCAACACGAGAGAUUACAGAAAUGCAGGUUAAAUAUGAGCAAAUGCAUAAAAACUUAGAGUCUGUGUCAAAGCAGCUAGAGGAAGCACAACAACAAAUUCAACUUCGGGAACUUAACACAGGCAGUCCUGGAGGAGCAGAUGAGUGGCAAAUCCGAUUUGACUGUGCCCAGACAGAAAUUAACUUUUUGAGGAAACGAUUGACACAGUUUGAAGAAAGGCUGGAAUAUGAGAAGACAUACAGGAAGGAACUGGAACAGAAGCUCAGUGAUUUGCAGAGUGCAUAUGAGAGUGCCAGACGGGCAGCUCAGCAAGCAGCUAGAAAGUGUAAACACUUGACCUCUGACCUUGAGGAUACUCGAGUCUUGAUGGAAAACCAACAGAUCCGAAACCAUGAGCUGGAGAAAAGACAGAGAAAGUUUGAUAUGCAGCUAGCUCAGGCAAUCGGAGAAGCAGCAUUUGAAAAGAGCUUGCGUGAGAAAGUGACACAGGAGAAUACAUCCUGCAGAUGGGAAGUGGGCAAACUACGUCAACAGCUAGAGCAAAAGGAAAAGGAGACAAUGAAUUUAUCAAAACAACUGGAAGUGUUGGGUAACCAGAUAAAAGAGCUUUCUUCUUCCAGUGGUCUGGAUAAUAAUUCUGUGGUUUCUCUGAAGAAGAAGGUAUGGGAAUUGGAAUCCAGUGUUGCAGAACAAAGUCAGCAGUUAGUGGAGCAAGCUAACUCCAUACAGCACCUUGAGCAGAUGCGUGUCCGUUUUGAAAUGGAAAUUGAGCGUAUGAAACAGAUGCAUCAGAAAGAAUUGGAGGACAAGGAGGAAGAACUGGAGGAUAUUCGCCAGUCAUGUCAAAGAAGGCUUCGACAGUUUGAGAUGCAGCAGGAGCAGGAGUAUGAGGAAAAACAGAUGGUACUUCAUGAAAAACAAGACUUGGAAGGGCUUAUUGGAACCCUCUGUGAACAGAUUGGACAUCGAGACUUUGAUGUGGAAAAGCGACUCAGGAGAGAUCUAAAGAGGACACAUGCAUUGCUGGCUGACCUGCAGCUCCUGCUGGCCUCCAUGGGAGAUUCAGGACCACCCAUGGAUCGUGGAGAGAUAGAAAGAGUUCACAUCCAGCUUGAAGAGAGCGAGGCAAGGUAUGCAGAGUCCCAAAAGUCCCUGAAGUCACUGAGUACCGAGCUGGAAAAUUUACACAUGGAAAUAGACAAUCUUUCCAGGAAUAAGAACAUGGUUGAUGAACAGUUGUACCUGCUUCAGCAUGAGAAAACCGAUCUUCUGAAAAGGAUCGAUGAGGACCAAGAGGACCUGAAUGAGCUUAUGAAGAAACACAAAGCUCUUAUUGCUCAGUCAGCAUCAGACAUUUCCCAUAUCCGAGAACUACAGUCUAAACACGAAGACGUGCAAAAACAGAAGCAGGGUCUCCAGGAGAAGCUGCAGGUGGCACAGAGUCGCAUUGACUAUUUGGAGCAGUCUAUGGUGGAGCGUUCAAUUGUAAGCCGGCAAGAAGCUGUGAUCUGUGAUUUGGAAAACAAGAUGGAGUUUCAGAGAGCUCAGAUUAAAAGGUUUGAAAUGCUGAUUCUAAGGCUAAGGGACAAUGUUAUGAAAAUGGGUGAAGAGUUAGAAAAGGCAGCAGAUUCUGAAGCUCGAGAGAAAGAAAAUGCCAAGUAUUAUCAGAUCCGCAUGGAGGAAAUGAAGGCAGAUAUGAAUGAGUUGAUGCAGAGAGAGAUGGAGUCUAGUCGGAGACGUGUAGAACUGGAGACCCAACUAUAUGAACUUACAGCAGUAAGGCAGACACUGCAGGCUGAUCUGGAGACUUCGAUUCGACGUAUUGCGGACCUACAGGCAGCGUUAGAGGAAGUUGACUCAAGUGAUGACAGUGACACUGAAAGAGAUAACCAGUCAACCAUAGGCUCACUCACAAGUAUGGGGGAGACCGAGAGUGUUCGUUCCUGGGUAGGAUCAUCAGCCAGCUGGGCAUCACCUUCUGGAGGCAGCAUGUGUGGACGCUUUUCAAGGCAGUCAACAUCUGAUACUUUGAGUGUUCAUAGUUUACGGCACAGUGAUGUGAACAACGAGAACGUCAGCCGACCAAGUUCAUCUCUAAGUUCAGGGUUAAAAGUACAUGGAAACGUAUCUUCUGAAAAUGAAAAUAUAACAACUACAUUGGUGGCCAGCAAAGGGAACAUAACACCGACACUUGGAAGAAGACGCUCAACUCCAGCAGAAGAUACAUUUUCACGUUCUUCAUCUGCACUUUCUGAGUUUUUAGAAGAAGUGAGAAAGAAAAGGGCAGCUGAAAAAGAUCAGACUUCCCUAGUUAUGGAAGAAACAUCAUCGCUGCCUAUUUAUCGUACAACUGGUGCUUCCUCUCUCCGAAGAUGUACGCGCCUAAAUGAUGAUGAGGAGGAAGAUUUCUCAGUUGCUUUAGGGAAACUUGCAGAUGACAAACCUGCAUCAAGUCAAGGAUUAACUCGUUCAGCAAGCCUUAGAUGCUUACCUUCUGAAAAGUCUGACCCCACGCUAUCACCUGCAGUUAAACGUAUGGCAAGAUUUGGCUCUUAUGAAUCUCUCCAACAACCUCCAGUUGUAGGGAGAGAGAGUGCUCCUUCUUCAAAGCUAAGGCCUUGGAGGAAAUGUCUUGAAGCACCAGUGGAAGAGGCUGCAGAAAACGAUUUUGGAAACCAGCCUCUUGUGUUUCAGAACAAGAGGUUUUCACAACUGCCAGAUGAUGAAAAUGAAGAAAGUUUAUCAAACUGGAAAGUACCCAGGCUUAACUAUGAGAGAAAAUUGCCUGAUGACAGCGAUGACAUCCUACCUGCUCUGAAAAAGUCACAAUCAACGCUAAGUUUAUCUAGAUAUUCUAGGGAUAGAAGAGAAGGUCAGCGACCACUCAGUGUCCAUUUUGGAGAUCUACCCACAAAUGAACCAGGUUUCUCCACGGGUGUAUUAAAAAGUGCUUUAAAGAAAAGCUCUAGCAUUGGUGAGGAUUUAGGAAAUCUGUCUGAUUCUUCAUCCUCAUCUGGAUCAGUUUUUUCUUGCAAGAGUGCGGAUAGUAUCAAAAGUCAGCCACGUGCUCAAAGACUAGAAGGAGAAGGUAUUUCUGGGAAACUGGUUACAUCAGAAAUAGUACAAGAAAAUAAAAGACCUGAGGCAGAAGGCAAAGAAGAUGAUGUGAAUAGCAUAAUGAUGAAAUAUCUUCGCAAAAACGAGGAAGAACAAGGUCACACCAAGUAAAGGCUUUUGGGCCUGGCAGAUGAAGGACUCACUUUGGCUGUCUGUAUUCUAUUUUUGAAGGCUUGCACUAUGUAUUUGCCAAAAGCACAAGAUUGUAAAGAUGAAUUUAUGGUUGAAAAUUAAAGAUGUUGUUCUGUAAUUUGUUUGCUUUCUAAAAAAUAAAGCUGUAGGUUUCUCAAA